ACACUCGUCUUCUUUCUCACAGCCACUUCAUUUUUAAAUAUAUUUUUUGCUUCUAUAACAUCCAAAAAUGAAUCGAAACUUUUCGAUCGAUGCUAUUUUGGCUAGAAAACCAGUUGAAAAGAGAAAGCAAAUAAUCACUAAGGAUAAUUGUAAGUUUAUUCGAGUUUUCCUACAAUCAAGUAAUUUAUGGCGUCGUUUUCAUAAUCUUGGCACAGAGAUGAUUGUUACUAAAAGUGGAAGAAGAAUGUUUCCUACCUUAUCAGUCAUCAUCGCUGGUCUUGAUCCCGUGAAGAGUUAUGUAGUUAUGGUAGAUUUGGAGUGUAUUGAAAUGAAACGUUUUCGAUAUUCAUUUCAUCAAAGCAAAUGGAUUUCUACCGGUCCAGGGGAAAGUGAACUCCCGAGCAGAAUGUUUGUUCACACGGACUCCCCAGCUCGUGGUGCUCAUUGGAUGCGGGCUCCUGUUAGUUUUGAUAAAAUGAAGCUAACAAACAAUCAGCUGGAUAACAAUGGACAUAUAAUUGUGAAUUCAAUGCACAAAUAUCGUCCAAGAGUUCACAUAAUUGAACAAGAUGAUUCACAAAAGCGGCACACUUUUUCUUUUGAAGAGACUGAAUUUAUUGCAGUUACAGCUUAUCAAAAUCAUCGGAUAACAAGUCUGAAAAUCGAAUCAAAUCCAUUUGCAAAAGGUUUUCGAGAGUGUGAAGUUCAGGGAAUUGAAAUGAAUAGUGUUGGUGGAAUGACUGGAGGACCAGCAUUCCAGUCAGUUUUUCCACUAAUUUUUCCAUAUUUUGCAAAUCUAGCUAGCAAUAUGAAUGUAAAUAAGUAAAUGAAUUAUACAUAUACCAAA